GAACCAGGCAUUGCAGAAUAAGAUGGAUUCACAUACCUUAGAGCUCUUAGUCCAAGUUGCAGAGAAAGUAGAUGAGCUAGGAAAAAUCAUGGAAGCAAGCUACCAGAGGAUAGCCAACAUUGAAGAUAGGCUUUCGAAGAUAGAAAGAACAAUGUCAAAUGAACAGCAGCAUCAGUCAUUAUUUAAAGGAGAUUAUGGUAAGUUCAGAAAUCUUAUAGAAGAAAGUAAGCAGACACGACUUAAGUUCAGAAAUCUUAUAGAAGAAAGAAAGCAGAGACGACGUGAGGUCAGUGCACUUGAAGACUUGCCAUAGUAAAUUAUUGUAUCAAUAUAGUGAAGUUAAUAAAAAGCUUUCAUAUUC